AUGCCCGUUCCCUUUGUUCUCGUCUGUGAUCUUCUGGAGCAGGCCCACGAGCAGGCCCACAAGCAGUGUAAGACCGGCUACAAGAACAUAAAACAACGCGUAUCCAACUGGUUCACUUUGCACCGGCAACAAGUCGACGAUCCUGAGACAGAUCCAUCUGCUCUGCUCUCUACUCUCCUCCCAGACAAACGCACCGAUCGCGUAUACUGUAUUCAGGCCGACACCCUAGCCAACAUCAUUGGCCGUACCUUUGGCCUCGGAACGUCACGCAUUCAAGAACUGCGCCGAUACAAAGAGGCUGGUCGCGGCGAGGAUUUAGCCGAUUGCGUUGCGAGAGUCUUCAAGGAAACGCCUCCUCCUGUCUGCGCCGGAAAAGAUGUCGUAACUGUUGAGGAAAUCGAUUCAACCCUCAACAGCCUUGCUGCCUUGUGUAGAUUCAGCUCGCCCGUUGUUCGGGCCUCGCAGCCCCAUUCCACCAGCAGCAACCGGCAAGAACUGCUUGGCCAUCUAUACCUUCGCCUACAAGCGCGAGAGGCGAAAUGGCUUACCCGCCUGGUCCUCAAGAACUUCCAGCCGGUCAUGCUGGACCCUGCUCAUCUUUAUCACUGCUACGACCCCUUACUGCCCAUGAUACUCAGGGUUCAGGAUAACUUUGAUGCGGCACUAUCUCUUCUCAGAAAUCUGAAGAAAGACCCCUCUUUUCGCAAUGGUUCGGUGAAUCAGAAGCGGAGAGACCUCAUACAGCAUCUGACGCCCGUAUUGGGCACCAAAGUUGGCAGACCGUUUUGGCUGAAAGGCCGUAGCAUCAAGCACUGCAUGAAGCUUUGCCAAGGCCGCAUAAGCUGCGAGAAGAAGAUGGAUGGAGAGUAUUGCCAGAUCCACGUAGAUUUAAGCAAGGGGUUCAGGUCCAUCCAGAUCUUCUCCAAGAGCGGCAAGGAUAGCACCAAAGACCGAGCCGCAUUGCACGGAGCUAUACGCGACUCUCUCAACAUUGGAAAACCCAAUUGCAGGCUCUCCAAGGGAUGUAUCCUUGAGGGUGAGCUCGUGGUCUACAGUGACUUGGAGAAGAAGGUUCUACCUUUCCAUAAGAUUCGCAAAUACGUCACAAGAUCAGGCAGCUAUCUGAAUACGGAAGCAGACUCGCAGCGUUAUGACCACGAACACUUGAUGAUUGUUUACUUCGACGUUCUACUCAUCGAUGGAGAGUCUCUACUGGGCGCCAGCCAGAAUGAGCGAUUCGAGCGGCUGGAUAAGUUGAUUACCCGCCGAAAGGGUCAUGCAGACCUUGUAGAACGCCAAGUCAUCGACCUCAAUGAUAGAAUGGGAGCACAUUAUCUGCGACGAGCCUUUGCUGAGUCGAUCACUGCCCGGGAGGAAGGCCUGGUUCUGAAGCCAGAUGACCCCUAUUUCGACUUCAGUGAGGACCGCCGCUCCUUUGCUGGUUGCCCCAUCAAGCUGAAGAAAGAGUACAUUGGAGGUUUUGGUGAUGUGGGCGACUUUGCUGUGGUUGCAGCGCGGUACGAUGCAGACAAGGCAAAGUGCUACGGCAUUCCAAGUCUCAAGUGGACACACUUCUAUCUCGGCUGUCUCAAGAACAAGGACGAUGUACAAAGGCGCCAGGCCCAGCCUGAGUUCACAGUGGUUCACCAGGUGGAACUCAACGAGACCCUUCUCAAGACCGUCUCAUCCUACGGAAACCCGAUGCCAGUGUCUUUCGAUAACAAUGAUGCCUUGAUUCUGCAUCUUGCACCAGGCAUUGCUCAACAAAAGAUGCCUACCGUUGUCUUUACCGAACCGCUGGUCUUCGAUGUCCGCUGUUUCUCGUUUGAUAAGGAGGGAAACACCGGCUUCUGGCAGCCGAGGUUCCCCCAGGUGUCCAAGGUGCACUUUGACCGAUCCUUUAUGGACACAAUCUCUUUCUCCGAGCUGCAGGCCGUGGCUGAAGAAGCAACCACAACCCCGGCCAUGGAAGACAGUCAAGAAAUGUUGGACUGGAUUGCUAAACUGGAAAGAGCAGACCCUCGUGGUGUGCCUGUUGAUGCCGUCAGCCAGUCCACAACGGGCUCUCUCAUGACGCCAUCUCGUACUUCUUCCGUCCGACCUUCAACUUCGCCGGCGCCGAAUUACUCCAUGAGCCCUACCAAACCUCUCCAGCGAUUACCGGCACUGGUCGAAGCCCCAGAGCCAAUUCUCAUCACUCCUCCAACCUCAUCAGCAAGAGCAGAAGAGAUGGACCGUAUCGCUGAAGACAAUACUGCCAGCGAAGCAGCAAACUCGCCGAGGGCCAGCAAACGGGCUCUAGAGGGAAAAGUCGCGACUCCGCAGAAGCGACAGAGAGUUUCUUCCGAAUCUGGCACCAACGAUCGAGAGCUGCCUCCGCCAACCCGUCGACCGCUCGGGGAUAUCAGUGCCAAUCAGACGUCUAUCUCUCCUCAGGCGUCCCAGUCGGCGACAGCCAAGCACACCAAAAUGGAUAAGUCAGGACCUCAAGCAGCCGUUGUUGCCUUGGACGAGCCAGACGAACAAGCGGCAGAAUCUGCAGCAGACACAAUUGAAACGCGUCAAAAGAGCGCACCAGACUCCUCGUCUACACAAUCGAGACCCAAGUGUCAACACGCAGGCGACAAUUGUCUCUUUACAGACACUAUUGUCCUGCUCGCCCCCUGUAUCGCACACCAACCCUGGGUCACUGAGAACCUCCUUCCUCUUCACGGCAUUCACGAAUGGACCGCGGAUCCGCAAGACUGGAUAGCUUCCUCCGACACAACCACAUCAUCUUCAUCAUCAUCAUCAUCCAUAUCCUCAACGCCCGCAUCCAUCUCAGUCACGAGCCGCUCCAGGAGAAAACGACCCCGAAAAAUCUGCUUCGUCGAACACAACCGCAGAGAAGCGACAAAGACACUCAUGAGACGGCUGGAGAGCAACCCGGUGUAUACGUCGAGCGGUAGGCGCGAGUAUGUCGAGGUAUAUGACUGGCGCCUUUUGGAAGACGUCACGGCGUUGGAAAAGGUGCUCAGGGGAUCCAAGCCGUCGAAGGAGCAACCAGAUCCCAAGAGGAAGUGGUGGGUUGGAUUGGCUUAG